UGUCGUAGGAAACGUCUUCUCCGGAGGACGGAAAAGAUGAGCUGAAGAGAAAAGCGCUGCGUGGAAAACGUGGUAGCAUUUUGAAAAAAGUACGAACUCGGUACUCGGAGCGUGGAAGUAAAUAAAAUCGAUUGCUGUGACGGUCCGGAUAGGAUCUAUCCUUGAGGCCAGAAGAACCGAUCCGAGACGAUCGCGAGUGCGUUAGUGUCAAUCGGUAUGUCGAGGGCGAUGUUGCUUUUAGGGCCAGUGGAAUUCGUUCUAGUGUGAAGUGCAAGUUCUUUAGUUGAAUAUCCGGUGGCGAAUGAUGAUGAUGAUUCGCCCGGUAAAGUCGAGCGAUCGAUAAGGUGACCGAUGUGAACGCCAAACCGUAUGUAUGUAAAUUAGGAAAGCAAGUGCAAAUAGCCAAGUGCAAGUGUCCCCGCGUUUACAGACAGUGUUGCAUGCAUAAUGAACAUAGCCGAUCUCAUCCCAAUCGAUCUGUCGAACGAUCGUGAAUAUCCGGCCGUGUGCAGUUCACCGCUGAUCGCUGCCGGUAGCGAUGUAAGCCAUCGGCCGCUCGAUGUAUCGUCGUCCUCGGUUAGCUACAUCCACGUCCCAACACCAACGUUCGCCACGUUUGCUCCGGUGCCCGCCACACUUCCGGCCAUCUUUCCUUCACCAUCGUUCGAACGGCGCUACCCGACGCGACGCACCACAAACUUGGGCACUUCGACCACCGGGUCACUGUACUCCGUUGCACCGAUUGCAGCCUCACCUUCACCAGCAUUGACCAGCUGCUCAGGACACACCACGGACAAUGGGGACCCGACCGGACCAACCACCAUCCCGGUCAGUGUGCUUAAACUGACGCCACCACGUUCAUCACCGCCUGCCACGUUGCUUCAGGCAAACGAUGCCAACCGUUCACCGACACCGGUGUUUGCGAUGGACUUUACCCGUAUCAACAGUACCGCGCCGGGUGAGGAAGGUGAUCGGUUGGUGAAGAAUGUGGUACUUUCGUUUGCCAACCCGUCGAAGGAACCGGACCAUCCACCGAUCGAGAGUGCAUAUUCCGGUGGCCAAAGCAUAGCCACCACGGCAACACCUUCGUCCAAUUCUUCCAACUCGUCGGCCGCCGAUGUGCUGAACCAUUGCGAUGUUAGCCUGUGGAGAAAGCGUGCACUGGAGAUCGAAAAGGACUACAAAAAAUCAGCCUGCGAUCGUGAACGGACCAGGAUGCGGGACAUGAACCGGGCCUUCGAUAUGCUACGCUCGAAACUGCCCAACAAGAAGCCGUCCGGCAAGAAGUACUCCAAGAUCGAGUGUUUAAGGGUAGCAAUACAGUACAUACGGCAUCUGCAGCGUGAGCUAGAGUAUCCCAUCACACCGUCGCCGGAACCGCACGAGUACAUGUACGAGAUGGUAGCGCCGUUCAAUCACAUCUCCGCACCGGCCGGCACGUACGUGGGGCUGGACACCAACAACAACAGUCUGCCCAUCGUUUCGGCCCACUCCUUUACCGUGGUUCCGCCGGCAAGACCGCCGGCACCGCAACCGAUCUUGGCACCGGCAUUGACAGCACCGCAGGCACCAGUUCCACCGGCCGUAGCACACAACCACCAGUGGUACAUAGCGAACAGUGCCGACGGGUACAGUUACUACUAUCUGCCGUAGCUAGUUUAUAUAGUUUGUAUUUUUUUUGGGUUUAAAUAUAGUUGUUAAAUGGAAA